AUUUCGACGAAUGAAAUAGAGGGUUCUUCUAUUCCAACUGUGUCUUCACUUUUGGCGAACAGGGAUUUUUUCACAUCAGGACAUCCUGCUGCAUUAGUAGAUGCCCGCGAUGAAAGGGUAUCAGUGAUAGAGUGCAGUGCAUUGGCUGUACCGGAAUACUGGGCCAGUGGGAGGUGAAUGAUGACCCAUGGGAAGAACAUUUAAAGCACUUUCCUAAUUGCAGGUGCUCCUCUACCAGAAGAUCACAAGAAACAUGUUUUGAAACACCAAGCACUAGUUCCCUGUCACCAAAAAAACAGGAAAAUGAUCAGGAAAAGAACAGUACAAACAUGGAAAAUGAGUCCCCCAGUUUUACUGGUGCAGCAGAAUUACUGAGUGAUACUGACUGGAUGAAGAUAAUAUACAAUGUGAAUUUAUGUUUGAGAAAGCUGUACAACAGUAAGGCAUACAGAAAAGUGUUGCCUUUUGGUGAACCUACUAGCAUAUCAACAGAUGUGAAGUAUGUUUAUUCUGAGCUAAUGUUCAUCUCAAAAAAUGACAGAAACAAAACUCUUGAAAAUGUCACUCUUCCAGAAAUAAUUAGGCAUCUCUCCAACAUCACCAUUGUUUUAGGAGAAGCAGGAAGUGGAAAAUCAGCUCUAUUAAAAAAGAUCGCCAUAUUGUGGGGUUCUGGUUGCUGUCCUGUUCUACAAAGAUUUAAACUUGUUUUCCAUGUCCCUCUAAGCUCCUUAGAUGAUGUCCAAGGAUUGGCUUAUACCAUACAAAAACAAUUAUUGGGACCUAACUUCAUUCUGACUGAUGCCAUUUUCAAAAGCUUGUUGUACUAUUUGAAAAAUCAGAUCUUAUUUUUAAUUGAUGACUAUGGUGAGAAUAAGUCAGUUCCUAAUUGCAUUAAAGAGUUGAUUCAAAAGAAUCAUAUCAGUAAGAAUUGCAUAGUAGUAACAACUUGUACUAACAGAGUUGGAAGUGUUCGCAGGUUUGCUAGUUCCGUCUUUACUAUCAGAGAAUUUCCAUUCUAUAGCUCCUUGUGUGUAUUAAAGAAACUUUUCUCACAUGACAUCCAGUGUGUGAGAAACCUUUUUUAUAAGGCAGUCAUAGCUAAAACAUUACAAAGUAUUUUAAAAUCUCCGCUUUUUGCAGUUGCUGUUAGUGUAUCAUGGGUCCAUUUUCCACAGAAAAAAGAAUUCAGCACCACUUUUCUCUUCAGAGCCUACUUGUACUUCAGCAAACUAAAGUUCUUUAGUGAGAAGGAGACAUUGAGUACAGUCAUUGCAUCAUGUCAAGAACUUGCCUUAGUGGGCUUUUUUAAAUCACGGUUUGAGUUCACUGACAAGGAUCUCAGUGAAGCAGGUGUGCAUGGAGAAGAAGCUGUUCGACUAGGACUGAUAAGCAAAUUCACAUCACAGAGGCUUCAUCCAGUCUACAAGUUCUUGCACCCGUGUUUUCAAGAGUACCUCGCUGGUGAGAAACUGAGUGACUACCUGAUAUCAGACUCACAAGAAGCAAAUGAAAAGGGCUUGCAUAUAUUGCAACACAUUGACACUUUCUUGAAAUUUUCUGGGCAGUACUUUUACUUUUUGCAAUGUGCAUGUAAUUCGUCAAAGUCAGUAUGCAAAAUUGUAACCCACUUGCUCAAUAUGAUGAACAGCAGCAAUGCCUUAGAUGCCCAGAGUGAGAAUCAAGACUAUUUAAAGCACCACCCAGAGUUAGCUGUGACACAAAAUGCAUUCACUGUUAUGCUGGCAGCAUCAGAGGAUACCGAACUUACAGCUGACAUUAUAAACAAUUACUUCCUGAAUUUUGUCAUCCAGGCUGCUUAUGAAAAUAUCUGUAUUGCUAAAUGCUGUCCUCAAAUUCAGAAUUUUCUAAAAGGCAAAAAUCUGUCUUUUGGUAAAACACUGCAACCAGGCACAAUGUUGAUGAAAUUUCUUUGUGACCACCCAGAAACUUUUACGCUACUCAACAGUGUAAUUUUCACAAUAUUGGGUGACAAAGUACAACCAAAGUUGGAUUUUUCACGUGUGGAUACAACAUUGUCUAAAACUGGAGUCCCUUGUACUGAAUCAGAUUAUGCUGGUGCUUAUCAGCUUCGUGACACUAUGAUAAUAAAACGUGAAAAUAGCAUUAGCAGUCAUCAUAGAUGUUCAAGGCUGAUACCCCGAUAUCUGCCUGACACGUUCAUUGCUCCAUUCAUUUCUGCACAGGCACAUAAAGUUCCACAUCUGAAACUUGAAGUAUUAGAUGCAGACAAAUUUGAAGACCAUGACCUUAUUAAUCUCAUGAAGCUUUUUGCUGCAACAUGUCACAUUGAAUUACAUUUGAAAGGAAGCAAAGGCUUCAUGGAAAUAAUAAAACCUGCAAUAGAACUCUACAAAAGCUUGUUCAUCAAAUGUGAAAUAUUUCAUGAUGGCAUUACCAGUGAAGAAGAAAAUCUUCUGCUUUCCAUGAAUAAUCUUGAAUCCCUGGAUAUCAGUCCUUUUCAGAAAGAAGAACUACCAGAACAUAUUUUUUCAAAUAUAAAUCAAUUUCCUUGUCUGAGAGAGCUUUCAGUGAGACUGUGUGAAGAUGAAAGACGAUUAGUACACAAAAUAGCAGAUGGAUUUAGUAGUCUCAGCAUGAUGGAGAAACUGGUAUUCAGAAAUGUUGAUAUGACAGAUGAUUCCCAGAAACUAGCUUGGUUUGUACAGCACUUUCAGAAACUUGUUGUUUUUCAUCUGAAAUGCAAAACGUUUCCAGCCUUUAAGGAUCUAUUGAAUGCAUUAACACACAGCAAGGCACUGCAAGAAAUUGUCUUUGAGAUAGCCUACUUGUCAGAUGAUGACAUUUCAACUUUUGCUUCGAUUUUAUCACAUUUUUCUGCUAUUAAGAUCUUGGAUGUGCAUCAUAUGGAUUUUAAAAAUAAAGAAGCAUCAGAAGGCUUUGCUAAAGCUCUGCAGUCUCUUAACCAGCUUGAAGUCCUCCAACUUCCAAUGGGCAAUGGAAUAACUGCAGUUGCAAGCUCCAUAGUACAGCAGUUUCAUCAGCUAACACACCUUAAGUUCCUGCUGUUUAACCAUUGCCUAACUGAUGACAGUUUAAUGCAAUUAGCAAAUGUAGCUCGAGAUGGCUUCCUGUGCACACUUGAGAAAUUGAAACUAAAUGCCAAUCAUGAAAUUACUGACUCUGGUUGGAAAGACUUUUUUCUGACUGUGAACAACAUGCCAAAGCUGAAUGAGUUUCAAGCUUGUAGAAUGUAUACCCAAAGUCUAAAACCUAAUCCACAAACAGUAAGAGCUUUUGUUCAGUGUAUCUCCAGGCUGCCUAAUCUAGUAACAGUUGGGAUGAUUGGAUGGUUACUAGACACAGAGGAUUUAAAUAUGUUUAAAGAAAUGAAGGAAAAACAUCCUCAGUCCAAAAGAUUAAACCUCUACUGGCAGUGGCUGCUUCCAUUCCAAGCCAAUAUAACAGAAUAAGCAAACCAGAUCAUUCAGUACUGUCUUGUCUUGUAAAAACAAUACCAUUUAAAACUUAGGCAGUUGGAUGCAGUGAUAUAUGUUUCAAGUGAUAGUUUUAUUGACUGUUUCCAUCAUUACCAUCAAGAUAAGUAUAUAAAGUAAGAAUACAAAUAUAAAGCAUGCAGGAAUGCCUGUAUAAAGAGUAUUUUUAGUUAAUAAUUUGACAUUUGCUAUAUUACAAAGAGGAUUUAUUUUUCAGAGAUUGAGUCAGGACUCCAGAAGUUCCAAUAUGCAUAAAGACAGCAUUAUAUAUUCAGAUGGUACACAUUAUUCCAAGUAAAGUAGUAUAUCCAUAUUACAUCUUAUUUAUUUAUUAUUUAUUUAUUUAACAUUUGUUUGCCAGGAUAGUCCGACUGGACAAGAAGUGUCCAUUUUCAGCAGAGUCCUGGGGAGAAAAACUCCAUAAGUCACAGAGAGAAAAAACAUUUACAAAAGAGUCAUUACGGAGCAGUAUCAUACAGAUUGUAGACUUUACAGCAGUUACUAUGCAGUAAGAGGAUAUUACCCCUUUUGGUUGAAAAUGCAAGUGUACAAAAUAUACAAUGAGAGUAGAUAAGAACC